AUGCAGCGCACACAACUUAUACGCAAAUUAAUCUCUCGUGUUGGUGCGCUUGGCGUCCUUUCCACGCGAUGCCGGACUCUUCCUUUGGCAACGAAGCCUUAUCUAUCGGGCGUUUCUGUUCCCCUUGCUAUCUCGGCGCGGUUUCACAGUGAGGGUCAAGGAGGAGGUGACGAGGCGGCCCGAGCAGGCCAAUACCUUCUCAACAAGGACGAUGUUUUGACCCGUGUAUUGGAGGUAGUGAAAAACUUCGAAAAGGUCGAUGCAUCCAAGGUGACUCCGGAGUCCCACUUUGUUAAUGACCUCGGACUAAACUCCUUGGAUGUUGUUGAGGUGGUUUUCGCUAUCGAGCAGGAAUUUAUUCUAGAUAUUCCUGACCAUGAUGCUGAGAAGAUUCAAUCCGUUCCUGAUGCAGUCGAGUAUAUUUCUCAAAAUCCAAUGGCCAAGUAG